UAAAGGACCAACCGCCAUCUAUUUGCGUGCUAAUAAAAACAUAGUUCACAUUCAGCUUGUCCGAAGUAAUUUCCAUCGGAAGAAAAUCGUGUGUCCGGUCUGGUGAAUUGGAAAAAGACUAACUUCUAUAAUUCGACAUGAACACUAUCGCGGUAUUACCGUUGGUCCUUCUGGCGGCCGUGUUCUCCGGUACCACGGGAAUCGAAUUGCCGAGCAGCUUCAGGAUAUGCAAGAGAACGCUGCCGGAACAGGAGUAUUACAAGUGCGUCUCCGAAUCUGCCAGAGACGCAGUGGUCUCUUUGGCUGGAGGUCUGAAGAGCUUCAAGAUCCUACCGAUCGAACCGUUGGCAGUGGACAGCGUGAAGAUCGGUGAAUCCCAAGGAUCGGUCACUUUGAGGCAAGAAUAUCGGAAUAUCAAGUUACACGGCCUCACGAAGCAGCUCGAAGUGAAAAAUUACCGCAUCGACUGGGACAAGUGUUUGUUGACGUCCGAGUCAUACAAUCCUCAGGUGGACUUUGUCGCCGAUUACAGAAUCGACGGAAAGAUAUUGUUGUUACCGGUCAAAGGAUCCGGGAAAUCGAACAUUACUAUGUACGACUUGAAAACACAAAAUGAAAUACACUGCGAGAAGUACCAGAAAAACGGAGAAACCUACAUAAGGGUGACGAAAUAUGACGUGAAAUUCUCCCCUGGUCGAGUAACGUUACGAUUUGACAACCUAUUCGACGGCGACACUAUUCUGGGAGAACAAAUGAACCGUUUCAUCAAUGAGAAUUCCGAUUUACUGUUCAAAGAGCUUCAAGCACCGUACGAGGAAACGUUCGGUCUAGUCUUCGCAAAAGUGGCAAACGACAUAUUUAUACGUGUUCCAUUCAACAAAAUCUUUCCACUAACUUAAAUCAGAGUAGAUCUUCACUGCGUAUUUCUAAUCCAAUAGCACAUUAUCUUCCGUAACCGAAUGAGGACCGAAGUUUUCAACGUGCCAAAACUUUGUAUAUAUGUGCGUGUCUGUAUAAGUAUUAAACGGUACUGUACAAACUCCUAAACAAUAUACAAUAUUGCCAUUGUCACCAUUAUUUAAUGCAGAUUCUUCUUCUCACGAACUUUUGAUCGACGUCUGCGGAUCCAAUGUGGAUAUUAAUUAACUAUUGAAUUGUGCUUUUAUAAUUCGUCGUAGAACUAUUAACGUGACACUUCGAUCUGUUGAACGAAUUUGAAUACGGAGAAAGUCAUAGCCUACGUAACAUGUAUGCAACAACAUUAUUUAAAUUACUCCUUGUUGAUAAGUUGUUAUUAAGAUAUCUAUUGAAUAUUAUAAAACAGAUCGUCGUUGGUCUCAAAAGAUUGCUGAGGACUUAAUACAUCGACCCAAUACUGCAGAACUCCAGAAUUAGUAAAAUUAUUUAUGCCUGUAUUAACACACACCCUUAUGGAGCGGCAACCCUAACUGUAACAUAUUUCGAUCGCAUUAACACCGCCGAACGGGCAUCAAUUUUCUUUGUCACGCAUUAGAUUUGAAGUUCAAAGAACGUACAUUAGUACUCUUUAGCGGCUGGUAGCCAGUAAUUACAAGAACAUUGUUAAAAUUACAAUUGUUAGUAAUGGUUCUUAUUGAGUAUCGUCAUGCAUACCCCGUUUAGUUCCCUUUGGACAGCCCUUAUACCAUUACGCAGACAGCUUUCAUCUUGACAAAGCAUUCGAUUUGAAGCUUAAAGAACGUAGAUUAAUCCCCGUAUAUUGUUAAUAACAAUAAACGAC